AUGGCUCUUUACCUCUGCGUAGAUUGCGGAGGCUCGAAGACUGCCGCUGCGAUUGCCAACGAGUCGGGCGAGAUUAUAGGCCGUGCCUUUGGCGGACCGUCGAACUUCGCAUAUCUCGGCAUCGAAGCUUUCUCUUCGUCUGUCGCAACAGCCGUCGGAAAUGCUCUGAAGUCUUGUACAUCGCCGCCCUCACAGGAACCUGUAUCCUUACCACCAACGAGUGUCACCUUUGCUGCCGCAUGGUUUGGAAUAUCGGGAGUGGAUUCGCCAGCUGCUGUCGCGGCUAUCACACCUGCUAUAUCGAAAUUGCUAGGGAUACCCGCAGGACCGCGAUUGGUGGUCGCGAACGACACCCAUCUCUUAGCCGCACCAGUUCGCCUCCAUCCGGAGGUUUCCUGCGCUGUCGCCGUGAUUGGUGGCACCGGAUCCAUCAGCGUCAGUUUCAAGGAAACUAAUGGUGUAUUGGAGGAGCUUGGGCGUAUCGGGGGCUGGGGGUGGAUCCUUGGCGACGAGGGCGGGGGGUUUCAUGUCGGACGUGAGGCUAUCCGCCAACUCCUCAUGGAACACGAUAAAGCCUCUGUUACGGGCAAGCCACCGCCAGACAGCUCCUUGCGAACGCGCAUCAUGUCUCAUUUCUCCAUAACCGACUUCAUGGAGAUCCUUACGUUGAUCCAUCUCCCUGAACGCACCCCCUCUGCGCCCUCUGAUGCAGAUACAUCCCCACAUGUCUCGAUUCCGCGAGAGAAACGGCUAUCGUCGUUGUCGCCCAUGGUCUUCGACGCUGCAUUCGAAGACAAGGAUCCACUGGCAAUCAGUGUGCUUCGGAUUUGCUCAGACAUCCUAGCAAACGAGGUCGCCGUCUUGCUUUACGAAGAGAAGAACCCUCAGCCCCGCGCAGUGAAGGCGUCGGAAAGCAUCAUCUCGUUCGGAGGAUCUGUGUCGUACAUGUUACGUAUGGAUUUAUUUGGUGUAUGGAAGGUUGUGGGCGUCAUGAUUCUGGUCUAG